UGAAGUAGAUGGGGCCCAGAAAGAAGAACGUUUCUUCUCCACGAGUAAAACAGGCGGCCGAGCUGAGAGCCAACAAUACCAAGAUCGAGGCAUCGGCGCCUCCGUCAGAGCCCGAUGACGGUUCGUCUUAUGCGGCAGUUCAGUUGGAGUGUGGGCGAGCACUUACGGUACUCCGACGUGGAAACCAUACCAAAGCCCUUCGGUUGAUGAAAGAUUUGUGUGCUCGUCACGAGAACUCGGCUCAUGCGGCGCUAAUCUACGUCGUUCAAAGCACGGUCUUCAAGAAAGCGGCCUCCGUCAUCGAUGAUCGUAACGCCAAGCAGCGGCAUUUCAAGAACGCGAUCGACUCGGCCAAGAAGGCCGCGGAAUUAUUUCCAAACUCGAUCCAAUGUGCUCAUUGUUAUGCGAAUUUACUGUAUGAAUAUGCCAGGGACGUAAAAGAGCUUCAAGAAGUGAUUCAAGAAUGCGAACGCGCAUUGGCCAUUGAGAAUCCGGUAGAUCCCACCAAAGAAAACUUUCAAGAAGAGAGUCCACAGGAAAUACGAACCGCGGAGGCGAGAAUUUUGCACGUACAAAAUGAGCUUAGGGAGUUGAUAGAGAGAUCUAAUAUCUCUUCAAUUUGUGCUUGGAUAAAGAAUAUUGGGAGUGGAGAAGAGUGCUUUAGGUUCUUUCCGAUAAAGAAAGUAACGGAUGAUCCUAUGGAGUUCAGAAGACAGAUACUAAGACUUAAUGAGAUUAACAAAGAUACAAAGACGCCAGAAGAAAGAAGGAAAGAGAUUGAGGCUAGAGUUGCUGCUGCUAGGUUCUUGCAACAGAAGUCUGACGCGGCCUAUUCUUCUCCACUUUUGCAGAGGGCUGGAUCCUCUGUAGGUGGACAAAGAGGAGGAGCAGGUAUAAGGAGGAAGAAUGGUUCAACAUCUGAAAGGAGAGAUUGGGUUCGAUCAUUUUGGAAUUCAAUGAGUCUUGACUCGAAAAAAGAUUUGCUUAGGAUUAGUAUUAGGGAUCUCAAAACAUAUUUUGGCUUGUUGAAACAUGGGCUGGCGGGUGAGGUAUUCGCAGAGGCUUUGGCAUUUGCCGAGGUUAAUAAGACUUGGAUGUUUUGGGUUUGCUGUAGGUGUGGUGAGAAGUUUGUGGAUUCACAGUCUCAUAUGCAGCAUGUUGCUCAGAAACAUAUGGGGAAUCUCAUCCCUGAAAUGGUUCCUGUUUUGCCACGGAGUGUUGAUAAUGAGUGGAUAAAUAUGCUCCUUAACUGUUCUUGGGAUCCCCUGGAUAUUUCUGCGGCAGUUAAAAUAAUAGGUAAAAGGUCUAAAUUUGAUGAUUCGGAAGUUAAAAUAGUAGCACGUCAACUUGUGGAUGGGUGGACAACAGUGGAUGAUGUUGAGCGUUCAAAGUUGCUUGAAAGAAUCGGUGCUACAUUUGAACUGCUUAUUAGACAUAACUACCUUGCUGCUAGCCAUCUUAACAAGGUGAUACAAUUCACAAUGGAUGCUUUGCAGAAUAUGGUUUCUGGUUCUCAGCUUCUGGAUUAUGGUGUACAUCAAAGUCCCUUCUGCAUUUGUUUUCUGGGAGCUACGCAACUAAGAAAAAUCUUCAAAUUCCUGCAUGAUAUAUCUCAUUUUUGUGGUCUGGACAGAUAUUCUGAGAAGGAUGCUCCUGUGGAUGAUGUAAAUGAUGCCACUCAGGUUCUUGAGGUUAAAGAGAAGAUUGUUCUCAGUGCAGAUGCUUCAUGUCUCCUCCUGGAUGAACAUUCAUUGCCUGAUGCAGCAAUAGAAGAUGCUAGUCAGGAUGAUGCUAUACUGUCCUGGAUUUUUGCUGGCCCCUCAAGUGGGGUUCAUUUAGCGCGGUGGAUACGCAUGAAAGAAGAGAAAAGAAAGCAAGGAAUUGAGAUCCUUCAGAAGCUGGAGAAGGAGUUUGGUCACCUACAAAGUCUCUGUGAGAGAAAAUGUGAUCAUAUAAUCUAUGAGGAAGCACUGCAGGCCGUGGAGGAUCUCUGUCUUGAAGAAGGUAAGAAGAGGGAUACAUCCACUGAAUUUGUGCAUAGAAGCUAUGAGUCUGUCCUUAGGGCAAAAGAACUUCUUGAAAAUGAAAGUGUUGCUAUGUUCCUCAGCACAAGUUUUGAGUUGGAGGCUAUAUCUAAUGUUUUAAAAGCAGAAGCUCAGUUAUGUGACUUGGAAUCUGGCGAAGAUGAUGACUGGGAAGCUAAGGACUAUCUGCAUAAAGUGGACACCUGCAUAGAGGUUGCCCUUCAGAGACAGAAGGAACAAGUAUCAAUGGAGCUAAGCAAAGUUGAUGCAAGAAUUAUGCGAAAUAUUACUACUGGGAAGAAGCAAUUGGAAGUUAAAUUUAAACCAGUGUCUGCACAUGAUUAUCGAACAAUAUUGUUGCCUUUAGUGAAAUCAUACUUAAGGGUGCACAUGGAGGAUCUGGCCAAGAAAGAUGCUACUGAGAAGUCUGAUGCUGCAAGAGAAGCGUUUCUAGCAGAGCUUGCACGUGACUCUAAUAAUGGUAUUCGAGGGGGAAAUGAUAAUUCCAGAAAUUCACUGGAGAAAAGCAAGGAUAAGAAAAAGAACAAGGAGUUCCGAAAAUCUAAGGAUUCAAGGGCUAGUGGUGGAAAUGAGCUGCAUAUACUUAAUGAUGAGACUGCAGAGCAAGUUCCUUUGGAAUUUGUUUCUGAUGGAGAUCAUCUAGGUUCUGAAGUUGUUUCUUUGAAUGGUGAUGAAUUGAAUUCGAAACAACAAGAAGAGGACAUAAGGGUUGAGGGUGGUACUAGUGAAUGGCAGACAGUAAGAAAGGGUAGACGACAUAAGAGUUCCAACAGAUAUCUUGAUGGAAAAUAUCAAGUAGUGUUACGUGAGGAGGAAACCAUUCAAUUUGGAAGUUUUCGUUUCCAUGUAGAAGAGCAAGUUAGAUUUGUUGACGGUGUCCCAGCGGAUGGUGUUGCUCCUAUUUCUGGAGAAGGUGAUACAAUGACUUUAAGACAACUGCAAGCUCGGGAAGAUGAUGAAGAAAGGUUCAAAGCUGACCUUGAGAAGGAUGCUCUGCAAAGCCUUGACACAUACCAAGCACAAAGAGCACCUUUGCAAUUAAACGACUGUGGUGUUUCACCAAAUGACCUCUCCAAUGAGGGUUUGAAUGAAACUGAUGCCUUUGGUACUGGCCUCCAAAAUGAAGUUGGUGAAUACAAUUGCUUUCUGAAUGUUAUAAUACAGUCGUUGUGGCACUUGAGACGGUUCCGUGAUGAAUUCUUGCGGAGAUCGACAUCAGAUCAUGUUCAUGUGGGAGACCCAUGUGUUGUCUGUGCGGUAUAUGAAAUUUUCAUUGCCCUGAACAUUGCAUCUACUGAUGCACAGAAAGAAUCAGUUGCCCCUACAUUACUUAGAAUAGCUCUUAGCAACUUGUAUCCAGAUGGUAACUUCUUCCAAGAGGCUCAGAUGAACGAUGCUUCUGAAGUAUUGGCUGUAAUAUUUGAUUGCCUUCAUCAAUCUUUUACUUCUGGUUCGAGUGUUUGUGACUCCGACUCUGCGGACAGCAACUGCACGCGCUCUUGGGAUUGUGCAAACAGUGCUUGUAUAGUGCAUUCCCUUUUCGGAAUGGAUGUCUUUGAACGCAUGAACUGCUCCAGUUGUGGUCUGGAGUCCAGACACUUGAAAUACACUACUUUCUUUCACAAUAUAAAUGCCAGUUCACUGCGAACAAUGAAGGUUAUGCGUGCUGAAAGUUCCUUUGAUGAUCUUUUAAAUCUUGUGGAGAUGAACCAUCAGUUAACUUGUGAUCCGGAGGCUGGAGGCUGUGGGAAGCUCAACUAUUUUCACCACCUUAUUUCAAAUUCACCACAAGUUUUCACAACAGUUCUUGGUUGGCAGAAAACUUGUGAAAGUGCUGGUGACAUAGCAGCAACACUGGCUGCCCUGAACUCUGAAAUAGAUGUUAGUGUCAUCUAUCAUGGCCUCGAUCCAAAAAAUAAGCAUAAUCUAGUCUCAAUGGUUUGCUAUUACAGGCAACACUAUCACUGUUUUGCCUAUAGUCAUGACCGUGAAAGAUGGAUUAUGUAUGAUGACGAAAUUGUCAAGGUAAUCGGUAGCUGGGGCGAUGUUGCUACUACGUGUGAGCAAGGGCGCUUCCAGCCACAGGUUCUAUUCUUUGAAGCUGCAGAUUAA